CGUGUGUGUGUGUGUGUGUGUGUGUGUGUGUGUGUGUGUGUGUGUGUGUGUGUGUGUGUGUGUGUAAUUUAAAGUAAAUUAAAAUUAUUUUUAAUACUACACUACAGCAGCUAGCUUUCACUGGAGCAAACCAAAUCACUCGGCCUCGUUACCAAAGUCAACAAACUUCAAACAAAUGUGACUUUUCUUAGCCCAUGAAUACAACAAUGUGAAGUAUUAGGAAACCAAGAUUUACCAAAGUUAGCAAUCUGCUCUUGUGCAAACACGGCAACCAGUGUGGUCUCGACUGAACACAAUCAACAAGUUAUUAUAUCCACCAUGCAAAAAAAUCGCCCAACUGAGAGCAGAAAAGAGUGAGCUAAACUUUAUCUAUCAACUCAUGCUGGCAGAGAAUCAUAAGGCAAAGCAAAACAUCAGCAAACUGAACGAACAAAUCACAACAUUGAUAUCGGUCAAAAGCCACAGUUGGAAUAUCGACUUACAGACGACGGCCAGUCAUCGUACGAUUGGUUGUACCUUCUCGAAGGAAAGAUUGUUGUUGCUGCAUUCUUUUUGCUCUUUCUUGUUUCCUUCAUUGCAUGUGAGCAUCGAUCUGUUUUUGUGUAAAGAAGCGUAGUGGCAGCAAGUUGGCGAGGAAGUAAGUACAAUGUGCAGAUGACAAACAUGGCAUUUGAUUACAGAAAUAGGGAAUAUAGACUGUACAUCAUAUAUGCCAGACAGAGAGUAUCUUCUCAAUUAAUUAUUAAGUGAGAAAGUUUGCUUUCUAGAUUGUCUGCAAGAAGAGAUUUGUGACGUGCUAUAGUAUUCAUAUGCUGAAUAUCUACGUAGCUUGCCUCUUCAUUCUAUUUUUACUAGCAACUUUCAGUUUGUAUUGGUCUAGAUGACUGGCUGUUUCAUAUAGCUGAUUUAAUUAAUUGAUGUUGAUGUUCUCCUAAAACAUGGAGCGAGUCCCCAACAUGAGAGUAAGUCGGAAGGAUCACCACUGGAGAUUGCCAAGGAACAUGGUUGCAGUGAUGUGGUUGAGCUGAUGAAAGAAGCCAUAAGAUCAAAGACACCAAAGAGAGAGGAGCUCGUAGCUACAGUGAUGUUACUGAAAAGACAGCUGGCAGAGAAAGACGUGCAAUUACAAUCAAAAAGCAAAGAAGUGGCAGAUAAAGACAGGAAGGUGGCAUCUUUGAAAGCACGAUUGGCAAGAAUCAGAGACGUAGCUAAUGUUGAGAGUGAUGAGGUUGUGGAAGAUGAUGUGACUGCAGCCAGAGUUCAAUCUACUGCUAGCUCGAGUGCUCAGUCAACAGAGAAUGAUCAUAGAUGUGAUCCGUAUUCUUGUCGAGUUCUACGGGCAAUUCAAGGAGUUGGCUCUACCAGAUGGUAUCCACUCGGUCGUGAUUGUGAUGAAACACCAGAUCACCUGAACAAAUUCACUGUUCAUGUCAACGAUUGUGAUAAAGUUCAAGCUUUAUUUGAUGUGAUGGCACAGAAAGUAGGAGAAAAACAAGCAGCAGACAAACUACUUGACGCUUGCAAAACAUACAAAGCCCAAUAUAUGCGUCAGUCAAAGAAGCAAUGGACAAAAUGUAAUUUGGGAAGGUGUUUUUGAAUUGCAUAUUAAUAGUGUUGUUGUAGUUAAAUGUCCACAAUUGUGAUUUGUUGUCAUUUUUAAUUCGAACGUAGCAGUCUAGUGAUGUGUGUGUGUGUGUGUGUGUGUGUGUGUGUGUGUGUGUGUGUGUGUGUGUGCGUGU